CGUACAUUUUACGUGCACAGCCACAUUGUGUCGUGUUCAGCUUUCCCCCCCGUUCACACAACACAUGUCCCUUUCACAAUUCCUAACAAUCAGGCGAGUUCAAAUCUUAUAUAUUAUAGCGGUGCGGCUCAAACGAUCCCGGCAAGUAGUAGUUCAAAGUCCCCUCGAUCGAUAUUCCUUGCCAUGUCUUCGAGAACUCUUCAAUGGCUGAGCCUUGUUGGCAUCAUAUGGCUUCAGUCCAUCAAUGGAACAAACUCCAACUUCCCUGCUUAUUCAUCCCAGCUCAAGCAUCUACUUUCCAUGUCACAGCUGCAACUUAACAACCUUGCCUUCGCCUCAGAUGCAGGAAAACUCUUGGGUUGGUUUUCUGGCGUUGCAACUAUUUAUCUCCCCCUUUGGCUUGUUCUCAUUAUUGGAUCUUCUCUCGGGUUGCUUGGUUAUGGGUUGCAGUAUCUUUUCUUGACGGACCGAAUUUCUUCUCUGUCAUAUGGGCAUAUUUUUGUGCUGACUGUUGUGGCAGGAAAUAGUAUUUGCUGGAUCAACACCGUUUGUUACGUUGUUGCCAUUCGGAAUUUCCCAUCUGAUUAUCGCCAGAUUGCGGUGGGAUUAACGACUAGCUACCUAGGACUAAGUGCAAAGAUUUACACAGAUAUUGUAGAUGCUGCCUUUUCUUCUUCCCCCAUUGAAAGAGCUAAAGCCUAUCUCCUUCUGAAUUCCAUCUUACCUAUGAUAGUUUGUGUUAUAGCUGCACCACUAGCCAGAGAACUUGAUGUUGGAAGGCCAAGAAACAUGGGAGUUGGGAUCAUAACAAUGUUUGUGAUAACAAUGGCAACUGGGGUCUAUGCUGUAAUCAGUAGUUUGCAGUCGAUAUCAGGUAAAUUAUCGCCAUCCAGCCAUGCCAUUGGUACCGGUGUGUUCUUAUUGGCUCCACUAGUAGUUCCAGUUGCCGAGAAAAUUAUAGAAUCAGUAAGAAAAAUCGAUGUAAACGCAGAAAGGAAAAAAAGAAAAGUGUUUCAUUUUACUAUAGAGGAGAGUGAAAGUGAAGAACGAGUGGAUCAGGAUUGGGUAAAAGACAGAAAGGAAGUUGGUGAAGUUGGUGACGAGAGUGGUGAUGCAAAAAAAAUGGAGAGUGGCCGGUUAAAAGAGAUCAGAGGGGAAGCGGGUGAAGUUCUUGAGAUUGGUGUUAAAGAGGAGAUUGGAGUGAAGGAGAUGCUGAAAAGAUUGAAUUUCUGGUUAUAUUUCUUGGUUUAUUUCUUCGGUGCAACGUUGGGGCUGGUGUUUCUGAACAACUUGGGGCAAAUAGCCGAGUCCCGUGGGUAUUCUGGGACGUCUUCUUUGGUUUCUUUAUCAUCUUCGUUUGGGUUUUUCGGCCGUCUCAUACCGUCCUUUGUGGACUACAACUUCUCAAGGACUAAGUAUACGAUGUCAAGACAAGCCUCAAUUGUAGCAUUAAUGGCGCCAACGGCAGGAGCUUUCUUCCUACUUGUCAACAAUUCCAACCUGUCACUCCACAUGAGCACUGCCACCAUAGGAGUGUGUUGCGGAGCAAUUACUUCCAUUGCCGUAUCCACAACCACCGAACUUUUCGGGACAAAAAAUUUCUCAGUAAAUCAUAAUGUGGUGGUUGCAAAUAUACCAAUAGGAUCCUUUCUCUUUGGUUACAUGGCAGCCAUUCUUUACCACAAGGAAGGAAAUGAAGAUGGGAAAUGCAUGGGGAUGGAAUGCUACAGAAUCACUUUCAUCACCUGGGGUUCUUUUUGUUUGCUCGGAACUUUUCUUGCGUUAAUUCUAUACGCUCGAACUAGAAAGUUUUAUUCGCAAAAAGUUUAGGUUUUGUUUUUA